AGGGGGGGAAGUGUUUUUAUGUGUAUGUGUGUUUGUCUAUUUAUUGCUUCUGUUGUUGCUGGCUAUGGCGUAGCUCUCUCUCACCACUGCUUUCACGGUCUCCCGCUUGCCUUUCACCGUGAAAGCUUUCACGGUCUCCCGCUUGCUUUGCUCUGAAGCGGAAUUUUGUGGAGGAAGUCAUGGCGAGGCGGUCUGGGAAGAAUUUUUGUGUUAAGAGAGUGAGAAGGUGAUGGUGUGUCGGGGUAGAGCUCGGAUGGGAAGGGAGGUUGGCUGAUUGAUUGAUUGAUUUGAGGGCGUGGAUGUGAGCAAGGUGAGAGCGAUGGGGAAUCAGAUGGCUUGCUUUGGCGGAGGGGAGCCUAAGAAGAAGAAGAAGGUUGUGACCGGAGGGUUGCGGAAGCGAGGGGACUGGGAGAAUGGGGCGAUCGAGCAGCAGGCGUUGGCACUGGCGUUGCAGCAGCAGCACAGGGCGCAGAUGAGAUUCGAGCGUAGUAUGUCGAAUCGGGAUCAGGGUGGUGGUUUUGUGCCGCCAAGGAAGAGUUACUCGGGUAAGUCGGCGGGAGGUGGUACUAAGGACGAGUUCAAGCGCAGUGCGAGUACUCGUGCUCGGCACAUCGAUGACCUGCUGCUUGAUCCUCGCCAGCUUGUCAACGGUUCUAAGGACGGAGUUGCGAAAGCAAGCAUUGAAACAAAACAUUUUGUGUUGGUGCAUGGAGGAGGUUUUGGAGCAUGGUGUUGGUACAAGUCUAUAGCUUUACUUGAAGAGUCUGGGUUGGUGGCAACUGUCGUAGACUUGAAGGGUUCAGGAAUUGAGUCGAUGGAUCCAAAUGAGAUUAAAAGCAUGGCAGUAUACGCGAAGCCUCUUCUGGUCUUUCUAGAAAAGUUGGGAGCAGAUGAAAAGGUGAUCCUUGUGGCGCACAAUAUCGGGGGAGCUUGUAUAUCCUAUGCAAUGGAGUGCUUUCCCACCAAAGUAUCUAAAGCCAUCUUCGUUGCUGCUGCAAUGAUAACAGAUGGACAGCGAGCAUUCGAUGUGUUUGUGCGGCAGGAGAACAGUGAAGAUGACUUGAUGCCCAAGGCACAGAAAUUCUUGUAUGGAAAUGGAACUUCCAGUGCUCCUACAGCAGUGGAACUGGACAGAUCGUUAAUUAAGGAUUUGUUCUUUAAUUGUAGCCCAGCUAAGGACAUAGCGCUGGCAAUGGUAUCCAUGAGGCCUAUCCCAUUCUCACCAGCCAUGGAGAAAAUCGCUUUGACUGCUGAAAAGUAUGGUAGUGUUCGGCGUUUCUACAUCGAAACGACAGAGGACCAAGCUUUGACACCCGAAUUGCAGCGAAACAUAAUCAAUCAGAACCCUCCAGAACAGGUGUUCACAUUGAAAGGCAGCGACCACUCUCCUUUCUUUUCCAAGCCUCAGUCUUUACAUAAAAUUCUAGUUGACAUCGCAAUGAUUGGUCCAAAGUAGAGGUCUAUCUUUUGUAGUCAUACUUAUGAUUAAGAUUGCACAUUUUAUUACUGGUCGUGUGCAAGGAUCAUGAAGAUACAAUAACACCUUGUGUGCAUGCUUAAGCGACUAAUACCUUUUUCAGGCAGAAUAAAUGUUGCUGCCGCCCUUCGGAGGGUAGGUAUUGGGCACACGACACACGGACACGAGGUUUACACUCUGCCAGAGUGCCUGUAGAGUAAACAGUGACAAAGGGGAGUACGAUGAGGUCUCCGGUUUAGAUGAAUCAUCAGGUACAGCUUUCAGUUUUGUAGGACAUGUAGAAGUGGGACUAGCAGUUCCUGCAAACUGUGAGCAUUUGAUUAUGAUAGUUGAAUCUGUCAAAGCAGUUGAUUUGGUCAUGGAUGAUUUAAUGUGACAGCUGCAGAAAACUGCUUCUUUUUGAGUUGAAAUGUGAACAAAACUUGGUGAUGAGAUUUAGCAUUAAAGAAGCCUAACUGGUUAGGUGGAAGUUAGCCCUAUUUACGUUCUACGACAGAGCUAGCCGAGUUCGGACCUGUUUUCGUAUACUGCUGUGAAAUCGCUUUUUUGACAUGGUCGGAAAUCGCAGCAUUUUUCGGUGUUAGAAUCCGUGUGUACCAUUGUUCUGAUAUGUUCGACGCGUUCUGGUCAAAGUUCCUGCGAUUGUUUGUUACAACGAUCUGCAGUCACUGAAGUAUUAGGCACAUCGUUAGGAAACAGUAUUAUUUGACCCCAAAUGCGAGUUAUUCAGCUAUUCUAUACAUCACUAUUACAACAGCCUGUGCUCCAACUUUGCAGUAA